AUGAGCACCAACGGCGCCCCGAGCGCGAGCCCCAAUCACGAGGGGAACACGUCCGACGCUGCUCCGGGCAGCAAGCGGAAGAAUCCCGACGGCUCUGACGCGCCACCCACCCAGCAGCGCGCCAAGCGGAAUCGCUACAUCUCCAUCGCCUGCAACGAGUGCAAGCGGCGCAAGAUCAAGUGCAAUGGCCAGACGCCGUGCCAGCGCUGCGGCAACCUCCAGCUGGAGUGUCUGUACGCGCCCAAUUGCUGCAACAACUUCAAGGACUCUGAGGAGUUCAAGCGUAUGGAUGCGCACAUCCAGGCGCUGCAGGACCAGGUCGACACGCUCUUCAACAACCUGAACAGCCUGCGCAACCACGUCGACGCCAGCGUGCUGGGCUCCGACCCCUCGCCCUUCCCCGAUAACCAAUAUGCCCGCUCCAUGUCCAUUUCGCAGGCCUCAGCUCAGGGCCCGCAGUCCAACGGCCGCACCAAGCAGCCGCACCAGCAGCAACAGCCCAAGCACCCCCGUUUCCACGGCCCCACGAGCAAUGCUUUCAAUCUCGGGGUUGCCAAGGCCAACCUGCAGUCCAUAGGCAUUACCGCCACCGACGAGGGUGCUGAGGAGGGCGUCUUCACUCAGGAUGCGACGCCGCUCGAUAGUCCCCGUCUGGCUCCGCUUGCGCCGCCUCCCAGUCAACAUACCAACAAGCCGGUGCUACAUACCACGAAAGAUCCCAUGUGGGCCAUAAACAAGGACGAGGCUAUCAGGCUAUGCCACGUCUGGCACGAGGAAAUGGGGCUGAUGUAUCCGGUCUUGGACAUCGAGGCUACCAUCCGCCAUGCGACUCUGCUAUACACCUUCAUGGAGGCGGCGCAUAGGACACGGCUGGUUGAAGUAUCAUUUCCCGGUGCCGACUCUAUAAGCGACGAUCAAACAAUCAUUCUGAAACUAGUCCUGGCCACUGCGCUGAUUCUAGAAGGGAGCGGAAAGAGCGAGCUGGGAACCGCCAUGUUCCAGAGCAUCCGGCCCAAUGUCGAGGCCGUGCUGCUGGCCUCAGUGAAUGUCCGGGGGAUCAAGAUGCUGACUUUGACCGCCAUGUAUCAUUUUCACCGAGAUGAAGAGGACACGGCUUGGCGGAUCAUCGGCCUGGCCGCACGCCUGUGCAUGGAACUCGGCCUUCAUCGCCGUGAAACGUACAGCACCAUAUUCACCGAAGAAGAGGAGCGCGCUGCAGCAAUUCGGCUGUUCUGGUCUGUGUACGUGCUUGAUCGAAGAUGGUCGUUCGGCACCGGCAUGCCAUUCGCCUUCGAGGACACCGACAUCGACCCCAAUGUGCCAAAGCCGGACGACGCUACACCCUAUCUCAACUGCAUGGUCACGUACAGCAACAUUGGCUCCCGCGUGUGGAAAUCGGUAGCGAAUAGCGAUAAUGCACCAAUCAGCAAGGAGGAGAUUGGAUACCUUGACUACCAGAUCAUACAAUGGCAUCGGUCCAUUCCGCCAGCCCUCAAGUACCUGCAUCCAUCAUCUAGCAAUCCCCAGGACCAGCAGCCGGUGACGCGCAGCAUACAUCGCUUCCGCAUUCUGCUGUACCUUCGGGCCAACCAGAUGCGCAUUCUCAUCUACCGGCCUGUCCUGCACACGACAUCGUCCAUCAUGGAGGACAUGACGGCGGCGCAGACAGUGGUGGACGUGGCGAAGGAUACAAUCAACGUACUGACGCAUACCAACCAGACGACAGACAUCUACCGCAGCCAUCAAGUCAUGUUCAACUACUUUCUCAUCUCAGCCCUGGCGGUCCUGCUGCUUGCCGUGUCGCACGCGCCGGCCCAGUUCAGCGAGUGCUGCAGGGACGAGUUCUACAUGGCGCUCGACCUGGUGCGCGGGCUGUCGGCGAACUCGUACGUCAGCAAGCGGCUCUGGCGUACCAUCAAGGUGCUCAAGGAAGUGGGGCCAAAGCUUGGCCUGAACCUGCGCGGGGGGAACCAUGCAGCGGUCGAUGCCUCGGACGCGCAUUCGUCGGCGGCCGUGGCCAUGGCCGGCCUGGCCGGGCACCCGGUGGACGAAAAUUUCCUUUUCGGGAACGGCAGCAGUAACCGGUCGACGAAUGGCGGCGGCCAAGGGCAGGGCAGCGUUGCUGGAACUGGUGGUGGUGGACGGGCUAGCGAGAGCCCGAACGGAAUGGCCAAUGACCUGACGAGCCUGUUCGAGGCAGCAGGCGGGUUCGCGGCGAGCACGGGCUUCGCGCCGCAGAACGGAUACCUCAUGUCUGCCAGCGGCGGGGAGGGAGGGCCGCAGGCCGGGGCGGAGAUUGUGAACGCAGUGUUUGGGCACGACGACGAGCUUGCGAGGAUAUUGAGGGACUUGUUUUGA